GUAUCUAUUUAUUGAGAUCAGUUGGAAUCGUGCAUUCGUUGUGUUCAAAAGCUGCUGGUUGCUGCUCACAUUAAAAUAAAAUAAUUGCUACAUAAAUAAAUAUGGAGCCUAUUGCUAUCGAUACACUCUUGACGGUGUUUAAUAUUAUGGUAGCCAGCCCAGGAAGUAAUAUACAGUUGAAUUCGCAAGAUAUUGACGUCUCGUCAUUAAUGCGUUUUGGUGGAGAUGACGUGCGUAUAUAUUUUUCUUUGAUAGAAAAUUUGCAGCAAACAUGCGAAAUUCAAGAGAUAAGGAACCUGAGUGGCAUUAAUGAUGUGGUGGAAUUCCAAACAAAGGCAAACAAACAACUUGAAGACAUUAUUAGCGAUAUAAAAGCCAUCAAUACUCACAUAAGCACCACCAACUCGAAUCUUUGUUCUCAACGAAAAGUCGGAGAAUUAGCUGUAAAGUUGCCACAAUUGCCGAGGCCUUUUUCUGUUCGAUGUGAUAAUAAUCAAUAUGGUGGCGAUUGGUUAUUGAUCGCCCAUCGAUAUGUCAGUACCGUUCUUUUUCGUAGUGACUUAGGAGGUGUUUCAGAAAAUAAUGGUAUUGGCGAAUUUCACGGCGAAUAUUUCAUUGGCUUUGAUAAAUUGCGUGCCAUUACUGAUAGUCAAAUGUGUGAAUUGCUUAUAGUGGAGAACGAUGAAAGGCAGAAACAAUGGUAUGAUCAUUAUCAAACUGUGGCAUUUGGGGCCAAUAACAAAGUGAAACUGUUGGGCAAGCAUAGUACCAAUCGCGGAGAUAAUUCUGUUGGUUUGUUAGUCCAUGCAGAAGCGAUCAAUAAAAAAUUAAAAUUGUACUUGUAUCCAAAUACUGAAAUUAAGAUCUAUUUACGAAAAACUUCAUUGAAUGAACCUCCAAUUUUUAAAGCAGCAUAAUACUUUUGAAUGUACACUGUCGUGUUAAUAGAAAUGUUUAAUGGUUUUCAAAAAUAA